GGGGCGCUCGCCCGAAGCCAGGCCGCGUCCGCCAUAGUGCCUGGCGCGGAGGUGUCGUCGGCGCAGGGUGCGGGCCGGAGAGCGGCCGGGGUGGGGGGGCAGAACAAAAAAAAUAAUAAUAAAGAGGGAAUCCAGCGAAGCCCUCGCCGUCACCCGACCGUUUCCGGGCUUCCCGACGCGGUUGUGGGCUCAGAGGCGACAGGAGCGGGAGCAGCGCGAGGAGCAGCAAGAGGAAGAGUCGGGCAGCCUCGGUGGUGUUCCCGGGGCCAACGAAGCCGCCUUCCGGGGCCCGGGGUGGUGAGGAAGGGCCUCGCGGCCUAGCUGGGCCCCGCACCGGCUUUGUGUCAGGCGGCGGCGGGGGGGAGGCGGAGCCGAACCGGGCGGCCGCUGGAAGGCCUCUCCUCCGCCGACCGCGCGAUCUCGGCCUAGGCCGCGGGCCGCUCGUGGCCUCCGGGGAGCAGGCGCCAGGGUGUGUGUGCGGUGGGGGCCUGGGCCUGGGGACGCCGACGCCGGUCGUCCGGAAGCCGGGAGGAGGCGAAAGGCCGCUCGUGGACUCCGGGCCUAGGCCCUCUCCCCGCAACCUUCUCCCGGGGCCUGGGUCACCCCCAUCCACGGAGAGAGACUAGCCGGGAGGUGCGGCCGCUAUGGACCCCUGACCCCGCGGGGUCAUUCGGACUCUAACGUGUGGACUGACCGCUACUGACUGCACCGCCUGCCCCCGUCUCCUGCCGGCCCUUAGCAUGAGCGAGUGGGACCCAGCCGGGUGACAUUGUGCCGGUUGGCGGAUCCUCGAUUGCCCCUUUCCUGUCCUGCUCCUCCCUCAUGAAGCGAUUCUGAGUACGGGGGGGGUUUCCGGAUUAUUGUUCUCACGAACCCCCGCUUGUGGUUGGGGGGGUAUUUAAUCUGAGGCCUUAGGGUCCUUCGUUGUCUUUUGAGUGUUUUGUGUGUGUACAUAUUUUGCUCUUAAGUUUAUAAAUAUACAUAUAUUGAGAGUGUCCACGUCUCCUCGCUGAACCUUAGGAAUCCUUUGCCACAAUGUCCUGUGUGCACUAUAAAUUUUCCUCUAAACUCAACUACGACACCGUCACCUUUGAUGGGCUCCAUAUCUCCCUCUGCGACUUAAAGAAGCAGAUUAUGGGGAGAGAAAAGCUGAAAGCUGCCGAUAGCGAUCUGCAGAUCACCAACGCACAGACGAAAGAAGAAUAUACUGAUGAUAAUGCACUAAUUCCUAAAAAUUCAUCUGUAAUUGUCAGAAGAAUUCCUAUUGGAGGUGUUAAGUCUACAAGCAAGACAUAUGUUAUAAGUCGAACUGAACCAGUGAUGGGAACUACAAAAGCAAUUGAUGACUCUUCUGCAUCUAUUUCUCUGGCCCAGCUUACAAAGACUGCCAAUCUGGCUGAAGCCAAUGCUUCUGAGGAAGACAAAAUUAAAGCAAUGAUGUCGCAAUCUGGCCAUGAAUACGACCCAAUCAAUUACAUGAAGAAAACUCUAGUAGGUCCGCCACCUCCAUCUUACACCUGCUUUCGUUGUGGUAAACCUGGUCAUUAUAUUAAGAAUUGCCCAACAAAUGGGGAUAAGAACUUUGAAUCUGGUCCUAGGAUCAAAAAGAGCACUGGAAUUCCUAGAAGUUUCAUGAUGGAAGUGAAAGAUCCUAACAUGAAAGGUGCAAUGCUAACGAACACUGGAAAAUAUGCAAUACCGACUAUAGAUGCGGAGGCCUAUGCAAUUGGAAAGAAAGAGAAACCACCCUUCUUACCAGAGGAACCAUCAUCAUCUUCAGAAGAAGAUGAUCCUAUCCCAGACGAGCUCUUGUGCCUCAUCUGCAAAGACAUUAUGACUGAUGCCGUUGUCAUUCCCUGCUGUGGAAACAGUUACUGUGAUGAAUGUAUAAGAACAGCACUCCUGGAGUCAGAUGAACAUACAUGUCCAACAUGUCAUCAGAAUGAUGUUUCUCCUGAUGCUUUAAUUGCCAACAAGUUUUUACGACAGGCUGUUAAUAACUUUAAAAAUGAAACUGGCUAUACAAAAAGACUACGAAAACAGUUACCUCCACCCCCACCCCCAAUACCAGCACCAAGACCACUCAUUCAGCGGAACCUGCAGCCUUUGAUGAGAUCUCCCAUAUCAAGACAGCAGGAUCCUCUGAUGAUUCCAGUGACAUCUUCCUCAGCUCACCCAACUCCUUCUAUAUCUUCAUUAACUUCAAAUCCAUCUUCUUUGGCCCCUUCUGUGCCUGGAAAUCCAUCUUCUGCCCCAGCUCCAGUACCUGAUAUAACUGCAACAGUAUCUAUCUCAGUCCACUCAGAAAAAUCAGAUGGACCCUUUCGGGAUUCUGAUAAUAAGUUAUUACCAGCUGCCGCCCUUACAUCAGAACAUUCAAAGGGAGCCUCUUCAAUUGCUAUUACUGCUCUUAUGGAAGAAAAGGGUUACCAGGUGCCAGUCCUUGGGACGCCAUCUUUGUUGGGACAGUCAUUAUUACAUGGACAGUUGAUCCCUACAACUGGUCCAGUAAGAAUAAACGCUGCUCGUCCAGGCGGUGGUCGACCAGGUUGGGAACAUUCCAAUAAGCUUGGGUACCUCGUUUCUCCACCACAGCAAAUUAGAAGAGGAGAAAGAAGCUGUUACAGAAGUAUAAACCGUGGGCGACACCACAGCGAACGAUCACAGAGGACUCAAGGCCCAUCACUACCAGCAACUCCAGUCUUUGUGCCUGUUCCACCACCUCCUUUGUAUCCGCCUCCUCCCCAUACACUUCCUCUUCCUCCAGGUGUACCUCCCCCACAGUUUUCUCCUCAGUUUCCUCCUGGCCAGCCUCCACCAGCAGGAUAUAGUGUCCCUCCUCCAGGGUUUCCACCAGCUCCUGCCAAUAUAUCAACACCUUGGGUAUCGUCAGGAGUGCAGACUGCCCAUUCAAAUACCAUCCCUACAACACAAGCACCUCCUUUGUCCAGGGAAGAGUUCUAUAGAGAGCAACGACGACUGAAGGAAGAGGAAAAGAAAAAGUCCAAGCUAGAUGAGUUUACAAAUGAUUUUGCUAAGGAAUUGAUGGAAUACAAAAAGAUUCAAAAGGAGCGUAGGCGCUCAUUUUCCAGGUCUAAAUCUCCCUAUAGUGGGUCAUCGUAUUCAAGAAGUUCAUACACUUAUUCAAAGUCAAGGUCUGGCUCAACACGUUCACGCUCUUACUCUCGGUCCUUCAGCCGCUCACACUCUCGCUCCUAUUCACGAUCACCCCCAUACCCCAGGAGAGGCAGAGGCAAGAGCCGCAAUUACCGUUCACGGUCCAGAUCUCAUGGAUACCACCGAUCUAGGUCAAGGUCACCUCCCUAUAGACGAUACCACUCACGGUCGAGAUCUCCUCAAGCAUUUAGGGGACAGUCUCCCACUAAACGCAGUGUACCUCAAGGAGAAACAGAGCGUGAGUAUUUUAAUAGAUACAGAGAAGUUCCACCCCCUUAUGACAUCAAAGCCUAUUAUGGGCGGAGUGUCGACUUUAGAGACCCAUUUGAGAAAGAACGCUACCGGGAAUGGGAGAGGAAAUACCGAGAGUGGUAUGAGAAGUACUACAAGGGGUACGCAGUGGGAGCGCAGCCUAGACCCUCGGCCAACAGAGAAGACUUUUCUCCAGAGAGACUCUUACCUCUUAAUAUCAGAAAUUCUCCCUUCACAAGAGGACGCAGAGAAGACUAUGCUGCUGGACAAAGUCAUAGAAAUAGAAAUCUAGGUGGCAACUAUCCAGAAAAGCUUUCAACAAGAGACAGUCACAAUCCAAAAGAUAAUCCAAAGUCGAAAGAGAAGGAGAGUGAGAAUGUUCCAGGAGACGGCAAAGGAAACAAACAUAAGAAGCACAGGAAACGAAGAAAAGGGGAAGAGAGCGAGAGCUUCCUGAACCCAGAGUUGCUAGAGACUUCUAGGAAAUCCAGGGACUCCUCAGGGAUCGAUGAGACUAAGACAGAUACACUGUUUGUUCUUCCAAGCAGAGAUGAUGCUACACCUGUUAGGGAUGAGCCAAUGGAUGCAGAAUCUAUCACUUUCAAGUCAGUAUCUGAAAAAGACAAGAGAGAAAAGGAUAAGCCAAAAGUAAAAAGUGACAAGACCAAACGGAAAAGUGACGGGUCUGCUACAGCCAAGAAAGACAAUGUUUUAAAACCUUCUAAAGGACCCCAAGAAAAGGUAGAUGGAGACCGUGAAAAAUCUCCGCGGUCUGAACCUCCACUCAAAAAAGCCAAAGAGGAGGCUACAAAGAUCGACUCUGUAAAACCUUCCUCUUCUUCUCAGAAAGAUGAGAAGGUUACUGGAACCCCUAGGAAAGCCCACUCUAAAUCUGCAAAAGAACACCAGGACGCCAAGCCAGUCAAGGAGGAAAAGGUCAAAAAGGACUGUUCCAAAGACAUCAAGUCAGAAAAGCCAGCCAGUAAGGACGAGAAGGCCAAGAAGCCUGAGAAAAACAAACUACUUGAUAGCAAGGGAGAGAAACGAAAGAGAAAAACUGAAGAAAAGAGUGUAGAUAAAGAUUUUGAGUCUUCAGUGAAAAUCUCUAAAGUAGAAGGAACAGAAAUAGUGAAACCAUCACCAAAGCGGAAAAUGGAAGGUGAUGUUGAAAAGCUGGAAAGGACCCCAGAAAAAGACAAGAUUGCAUCAUCAACUACCCCAGCCAAAAAAAUCAAACUCAACAGAGAAACUGGAAAAAAAAUUGGAAAUGCAGAAAACACAUCUACUACAAAAGAACCCUCUGAAAAAUUGGAGUCAACAUCUAGCAAAAUCAAACAGGAAAAAGUCAAAGGAAAGGCCAAACGGAAAGUAGCUGGGACUGAAGGCUCCAGCUCCACGCUUGUGGAUUACACCAGUACAAGCUCAACUGGAGGCAGUCCUGUGAGAAAAUCUGAAGAAAAGACAGAUACAAAACGAACAGUCAUUAAAACUAUGGAGGAAUAUAAUAAUGAUAAUACAGCUCCUGCUGAAGAUGUUAUAAUUAUGAUUCAAGUUCCUCAGUCCAAAUGGGAUAAAGAUGACUUUGAAUCUGAAGAAGAAGAUGUUAAAGCCACACAGCCUAUACAGAGUGUAGGGAAACCAUCUAGUAUUAUAAAAAAUGUUACCCCUAAGCCAUCAGCUACAGUUAAGUACACUGAGAAAGAAAGUGAGCAGUCCGAGAAAGUUCAGAAGCUUACCAAGGAGGUGAGCCAUGAGCUGAUGCAGCACGAGCUCAGGGGCUCAAAGGGCUCUGCGUCCAGUGAGAAGGGGAGAGCCAAGGACCGGGAUCACCCAGGGUUGGAGAAGGACAACCCUGACAAGAGGAAGAGCAGUGCCCAGCCAGACAAAGAGAGCACUGUGGACCGCCUGAGUGAACAAGGACAUUUUAAGAAUCUCUCUCAGUCUUCCAAAGAGACCAGGACUUCAGAGAAGCAUGAGUCUGUUCGUAGUUCCUCAAAUAAAGACUUCACUCCUGGUAGAGACAAGAAAAUGGACUAUGACAGCAGAGAUUAUUCCACUUCCAAACGAAGAGAUGAGAGAAGUGAAUUAGCAAGAAGAAAAGACUCUCCUCCUCGGAGUAAAGAUUCUUUAUCUGGACAGAAAAGUAAGCUGAGGGAGGAGAGAGAUUUAACUAAAAAGGGGACAGAGUUGAAAAAAAGUAAUUCUAGUCCCCCAAGAGACAAAAAGCCUCAUGAUCAUAAAGCCUCCUACGAAACUAAACGCCCAUGUGAAGAGACAAAGUCUGUAGAUAAAAACUCUGGGAAGGAGCGGGAGAAGCAUGUUGCUGAAGCUCGAAACGGGAAAGAGUCCAGUGUCAGCAAAUUGCCAUAUGUACCUAAUGCCCCAGACCCUCCCAUUGAAAAGGACCUGGUUGCUGGGCAGAUCGAGAAGAACACCAUCAAGCCAAAACCUCAGUCGAGUCAUUCCUCUAGGCUUUCUUCUGACCUGACUAGGGAGACCGAUGAGGCUGCCUUUGAACCAGACUAUAACGAGAGCGACAGUGAGAGUAAUGUGUCUGUGAAGGAAGACGCUGUUGCCAGUAUCUCCAAGGACUUGAAAGAGAAAACAACAGAGAAAGCAAAAGAGAGCUUGAAUGUAACAACAACCAGCCAGCCAGCUGCAGACAGGAGCCAGAGCCAAAGUAGCCCCAGUGUUAGUCCAAGUAGAAGUCAUAGCCCUUCUGGUAGCCAGACCCGAAGCCACAGCAGCAGUGCUAGCUCAGCAGGAAGCCAAGACAGCAAAAAGAAGAAAAAGAAGAAAGACAAAAAAAAGCACAAGAAGCAUAAAAAGCACAAGAAGCAUAAGAAGCACGCAGUCGCGGAUGGCGAUGUGGAGAAGAGCCAGAAACAUAAACACAAGAAGAAGAAGGCAAAAAAGAACAAAGACAAGGAGAAGGAGAAAGAUGACCAAAAAGUGAAAUCUGUCACUGUGUGAAGGACGGAUGUUUUAAUUGACUUAAUUACUAAGUCAUCUGUAUUAAAUUCUGUUAUAAUGUAAAGAGAUUCCAGCCUUGUAAAUAAUGAAUGGAAGACCCUGUGCUGCACUUAAAAGUAUUUGCUGCUUGAUUAUUUCAUUUUUACAUCAGAGCUUUAUAACGAACUUUUGUACAGAAUUGUGAGUUGUGACCAUGGAACAUGAGAGGUUUUGCUAGGGCCUAUUAUUUUUAACCACCAUUAAUUAGUUGGGGUGGAGUUUACUGUACUGUGAAAUUUUCACAUUUGAAUUUUUUUAAUUGCCUGGCAAAUGCUGAUAUCAGUUCAAAAAUAUCAGCAGAAUGAUUUGCUGAACUCAUUACAGCCCCGUUAUGUCACUUUUUGAUUACAAUAAAAGUUUUCAGUAAACUUUUCA